CAGAGCAGAGAGUGAGUGACCCAAAGAGAAGAGAGGAGAGAGCUCGAAGAAGGAAAAGGAAGGAAGGGAUCCAUCUCCUCCCAGGCCAUGGGAAACAUCCUGAGAAGGUGCUUCGCGGGAGGAGGAGGAGACAACGGUGAUGACGAUUACUACCCCUACUACAGCUACAGUCCAUCCUCCAGGCCCCGCUACGAGCUGCAGAUCGGCAGGUGGGAGAAUGAGCCUGCAGCAGCUGCCUCUCAGACUGCAAUCGGCUUCACGGGGAGAGACGACGACGAUCACUACCCCGACGACCUGCUCCAGAGCGGGAGCGGCUGGGUGGAUCAGCUUGCACAAGACUCUUGGCUAGUACAUCACGACGUCGCCUCCCUGAUUCAGGACAUCCUCUACUUCGAAUACACAUCCAUGGUACCUGAAGCGCUCGGACAGAAUGUUACAUCAUCCAAAAAAGCACAGGUUAAAUGGUACCGGAAUAUCUUGGAGGCAUAUAAGAACUCGAGCUCCCCACUGAAAACACCAGCAGAGGCUGCCAAACUAGUUGCAACAGCCCUAAGCAGGAUUCAGAGAGCUGAUUUAGAGGUUAACAACAAGUGCAUUGGAGAUGGCGAUGGCUUUAGUGCCUAUGUUGGCACAGCCGACCCACGGGAGCCUGCAAAUGUGCCGAUGGAAGUGCAUGAGAUGGUGAUUAAAAGGGCUCAAGCACGCACUGAUAGGGAUUACCAGAAGGCUGAUGCUCUUCUAAGGAGCCUCAACAAAGCAGGAUAUAAGAUAAUAACCAUUUCAGGCGAAGAGAUACUUGCAAGGAAAUACAGAAUCAGAAUGAGGGGCGUUGAUGCACCGGAGCUUAAAAUGGCUAAUGGGAACGAAUCGAAGAACGCACUGGUGAAACUCAUUGGUGGGAAAAGGGUCACCAUUUAUGUGUAUGGGCAGGACCAGUUUGGGCGUUACGUGGGUGACAUAUAUUGUGAUGGUGUGUUCAUCCAGGAGAAAAUGCUGAAGAAUGGCCAUGUAUGGCAUUUCAAGACUUACGAUAAGCGUCCAGAAUUUGCGCAGUGGGAAAGAGAGGCAAGAGCUGCACGUCGAGGGCUUUUUGCGUCAGAGAACCCUGAGAAGCCGUGGGAUUGGAGAAGAGACCAGCGCAACGCAAACAUUCAGGUCUACUAAUGGGGCUGAACCAAAUGAUCUGAUAGACACGUAGUUUCUUGGUGAGGUUCUUGUACAGCUUGAUGCAAAUGAACGUAUGUGCAUCAGAAGUGCUUGUUUAGUGUGAAUCUGGGAAUGUACAGAUGAACUGUUGUCAAAUAAGUAUCAGGUGUUCAUUGUUUGCAACAAAAACAAAAAUGAUGUCUGGCACUAUCUGACAUCUGGAUGAAGGAAGGAAA